CGGUCGUUUGUCAGACCCCAGCCGCCAAAAUGGUGAAGCAGAUCAAGAGCAAAUAUGCUUUUCAGGAAGCCUUGAACAGUGAGGGGAACACUUCAGUAGUUGACUUCUCUGCCACAGGGUGUGGGCCUUGCACAAUGGUCAAGUCCAUCUCUCAUCCCCUCUCUGAGAAGGAUCCCAACGUGGUGUGCCUUGAAGUAGACGUGGGUGACUGUCAGAGGUUGCUUCAGAGUGUGAAGUCAACCCUCCCGUUUUUAAAAAAGGAACAGAAGGUGGGUGAAUUUUCUGGAGCUGAUAAGGAGAAACUUGAAGCUACCAUUAAUGAAUUAAUCUAAUUAUGUUUUCUGAAAACAUAACCAGUCAUUGGAUGUUGACAACUUGUGAUAUUUUUUUAUUUACAAAAAGGAAAGAUCAAGUAUGAAGACUAUAUACCCAACUGCCAUCUGAUUAUAAGUGACAAUAAAAUAUUAAUUCUAAAAAAAAAAAAAA